AUGUCAUGUUCCAUCUUCUCUCUUAUUGUAGCUCAAAUGAUUGGAUAUAUGAAAGAGGUCCAACACAGGAAUCAAACAGAAGUGACAGAAUUUAUUCUCUUAGGACUCUCGGACAAUUCUGACCUCCAAGUUGUCCUAUUUGGAUUGUUUCUGUUAAUCUACAUGGCCACACUGGUGGGUAAUUUGGGGAUGAUUGUGUUAAUUAAGAUUGAUCCCUGUCUCCACACUCCCAUGUACUUGUUUCUCAGCAGCCUCUCCUUUGUUGAUGCAUCUUACUCUUCUUCUGUGACUCCCAAGAUGCUGAUGAACCUUGUGGCUGAGAAUAAGGCCAUUUCUUUUAAUGGAUGUGCUGCCCAGUUCUACUUCUUUGGCUCCUUCCUGGGGACUGAAUGCUUCCUCUUGGCCAUGAUGGCAUAUGACCGCUAUGCAGCCAUUUGGAACCCUCUGCUAUACCCUGUUCUCAUGUCUGAGAGAAUUUGCUUCUUGCUAAUAGCUACCUCAUUUCUAGCAGGCUUUGGAAAUGCAGCUAUACACACAGGAAUGACUUUCAGAUUAUCAUUUUGUGGCUCUAAUAAGAUCAAUCAUUUUUACUGUGACACCCCACCUCUGCUCAAACUCUCUUGCUCUGAGAUCCACAUCAAAAACACAAUGUUAAAGAAAAACUACACAGUGGUGACUGAGUUUAUUCUCCUGGGACUGACAGAUAGAGCAGAGUUGAAGCCUGUUCUUUUUGUGGUUUUCCUAGUCAUCUACCUUAUCACAGUAAUCGGCAACACGACCAUGAUUUUCUUAAUCAGAAGUGACCCAAAACUUCACACUCCAAUGUACUUCUUCCUCAGUCAUCUCUCCUUUGUAGAUCUCUGUUAUGCCAGCAAUGUCACUCCUCAGAUGCUGAUUAAUUUCUUGUCCAAGAGAAAAACUAUUUCCUUCACUGGUUGCUUCAUACAAUUCCACUUUUUCAUUGCCUUGGUGAUCACAGAUUAUUAUAUGCUCACAGUGAUGGCUUAUGACCGCUACAUGGCCAUCUGCAAACCAUUGUUGUACAGCAGCAAAAUGUCCAGAUGUGUUUGCUUCUCUCUUGUUGCUACUCCUUACAUUUAUGGCUUUGCAAAUGGUCUGGCACAGACCAUCCUGAUGCUCUGUCUCUCCUUCUGUGGACCCAAUGAAAUCAAUCACUUUUACUGUGCAGACCCUCCUCUCUUAGUUCUUGCCUGCUCAGAUACUUAUGUCAAAGAAACUGCCUUGUUUGCGGUGGCUGGUUCCACCCUCACCUGUUCUCUCACCAUCAUCCUCAUCUCCUACAUUUUCAUUUUCAUAGCCAUUCUACGUAUGCACUCUGCUGAGGGGAGACGCAAAGCCUUCUCCACCUGCGGGUCCCAUCUGACAGCUGUCACUAUCUUUUACGGGACUCUGUUCUGCAUGUAUCUGAGGCCCCCUUCUGAGGCAUCUGUCGAACAAGGGAAAAUUGUAGCUGUUUUUUAUAUCUUUAUGAGUCCUAUGUUAAACCCGCUCAUCUAUAGUCUUCGGAACAAAGAUGUUAAAAGAGCAUUGAGGAAAGUGAUCCAAAAGAAAUUGUUUGCUAAAUAA